UCAUAUAUUUUUUUCAAGACCGGUUCACUGGAAGGACAAAACGCUAUCAUCAAUAAAGUGAAGAUUCCGUUGAGCGAGCAGCAGUUGCUCGAUUGCUCCACUAGUUAUGGAAAUGGCGAUUGUAUUGAUGGUGGUCUUAUGACUAAUGCUUUCGAUUACAUCAAGGACUAUGGAAUCGAGGCUGAAUCUUCUUACCCUUACAAGGACGAACAGUCCACUUGUCAAUUCAAUGACGAAAAAAGUGUUCUCAGAAUCAAGGGAUAUAAAAAAUUGCGAUCGUAUGAAUCAGAACUCAAAAACGCAGUAGGUACCAUCGGUCCCAUAUCAGUAGGAAUUCAGUCAAAUUCUUUGCAAUUAUAUGCCGGAGGAAUCUUCAAUGGCGGGUGUAUAGGUCCAUUGAAUCACGCAGUUCUUGUCGUUGGAUAUGGUGCAGAAGACGGGAAGAAGUUCUGGAAGGUGAAGAAUUCCUGGGGCAGCAAAUGGGGAGAAAGUGGAUUCUUCAGAAUCGUGAGAGAUGCUUUCAAUAUGUGUGGUAUUGCUUCUUCGACUUCCUACCCACUUCUCUAGUGAUA